AUGGAAGUCAUGCACGCUCCACAGAGGCAAGCAUGGAAGAUUCUUUGUGUGGUUUUGAUCAGCACAGCAGGAGAAGACGUUCCCUGUCCAAAAGGUGGACAGAUCCACCUGCCGAGUCUGCGAUGCUUCUGGCUCUCUAAAAAAGCGUCCACGUGGUCCGAAGCUUCGGAUUCUUGUCAGCAGACUCAUGGCGGAGACGUGGCAGCUGCUGACACUUUGGACCUGCAGGACUUCCUCCAGCACUCCUUCUCUGUGGAGAGCACGGUGUGGGUUUGGCUGAAGGGAGCAAGCGCAGGAGGACCAAACCUUGGUGGGUUUGUGGAGUCCGCAAGAGAUGGCGACGUCGGUGAGAAACUCGGAGAAUGUCCUCAGAUGGCACUGGGAAGAGCUGGAGAAUGGAAGGCAAUCCCUUGUAGUCAACAGCAUCGCUUUUUAUGUGAAAACCGCUUGGAUGAAUAUUUACCAGACCUGGACAGUUACCUUGUAGGAGUGGUUCUGAUGACUGGCAUCUACCAUCAGUUCCAGAUUGACUCCCUCCUUACUCUACCAGACAGUGAACAAUUUGUAGUGGAGAUGCAGUUGUUUCCAGGUCUGUGGUUCAGCCAUGCAGGUCAACUUACAUCUGUGGAACUUGUGGUCCAGCCCGGCCCAACUGCCUCCCUGGCCCGCGUUCAAAUCCUUCGACCCUAUUGCAGCCCCAGCCAACACCUCGUACCUCCAGGUUGCCGCUCGCUCCUGAAUCCUUUCAGCUGCUGCUCAGUGGCUCCACUGUGCAACACAACAGGAGGUUGCAGUGUGGGCCAGUACUGGUGUCACAUUCUAGAAGCUUGUCUCCCCAACAGCAGUCCAUGUAGUCCCUACAUCUCAGCAGCAGGGGUCCGACGCUUUGCGUUACCACCCAGAUACUCAUCGAUUCCUCCUUUUUACCACUUGGUAGCAGACUUACCUUUGAGAAUAAGACCCUUGGCAGACCUGGAAAUUUUAAGCGUGCUUCUUCCAAAGGAAGCCAUCAUGGUGUACCCCGAUGAUAUUGUCGCCAUACAACACACUCGUAAACCUGGGACUUUCCUGCAUUGCCUUUCCAACGAGGCGUCCUUGAAUUCACCAUGGCGACAAAGUUACCUGUCUCUGCGGGGGACGGAGUGGGAGGGCUGGUGGGAGGGAGGUCUUACUUCUAUGCCCGCAGGCGGCCACUGGGUGGAUGGCGUUGUGUGCAAUGUGAGACUGCUGUACGCAGACACCCUUCACAGUACCGAGGAGAUGUUUGGCCAGGCAGAAACAACCACCUCCUCUCACAUGGAAGCCCUGACGCCGAGUGUGAGCUCUACAUUUGGGCUGAGCAUCAUCCACCCUCCUUUGGAUGAAAAUAACCGCAUCCACCUUCAAAUUAACACCCCAACUGUUAUUGUUGUCAAAGUUCUAAGGGGAGAGAACGCCAGGUGCUCAUGGUCCGGCCCCGUGCUCCAAACCGGACUCCGCUUCAGUCCAUCUUGCACCGAAGCCCUGCCUGAAUGCAAGGGCCAGUCUGGGGACGCAUGGUUCUCCUCCGUGACGCUGGUCCUACCCUCAGUGGGGGUUGAGACGCUGAACAUCCGUGUGACGGAUGACGUUGGUUCUCAGAGUUUGAAUGUGACGAUCUGUGGCUAUGAAGGAGUGUCAGGGCUCAGCGUGGAGCCAAGUGAGCACCAGAGGAUGCUUGUGGACAUCCCUCAGUCUUUUUCAGCCAAAGUAGAGAGCGGCUCAUCAGUUACAUUCUCCUGGGUGAUUGACAACCUGGAGACGUUUGCGUAUGAAGGAGAAUCUUACAGUGUGGUCUUCAAGAAAGCGGCUGAGUACAAGCUCAAGGUAACUGCAUCCAAUCCUGUGAGCUCCCAAAACAAACAACUGAUCCUGAUUGCAGAUGAAAUGACCCCACUGGGAGAGCCAGAGUUCCUAUUUGCCAGGCAGGUUGUAGCUGUGGGCGAUACACAGCUCUACACUCUCAGGGUGAAAGUGGAUAUCGCUUUGUCAGCCACCUUCAGAUGGGAUUUUGGAGAUGGUAGCAGCAGUGUUAUCCAUACCGAGCCUGCUCCAUGUGAGACACUGGAGGGGCUUGUGGACCGAAGGGAGAAGCAAGUGUACGUGCAGCACUCUGUGAACUUUACCUAUUUUACGCAAGGUGACUACACUCUUCAAGUGGAAGUCUCUAACAAAUAUGAAAAACAGCAAAAGUCUACCAAGAUAUGCAUCCGUCCCUUGUUAAAACAGCUGUUCCUUGACUCCGCCCCUCUGGUGCCAAUUGUGGACCGGACUUUCCGCUUGGAAGCUACCACUGAUCCUGCCUCCAACAACAUCGUCCUCACAUGGGAUUUUGGUGACAAGUCCAAAGCUGUCCAAGGCACCGAUCACAAAGUUGAACACGUCUUUACAUCUGCUGAAGUUUACAACAUCACUCUGUGUGCCAACAACUCUCUUUCUGUGCUCAACACCUGGCUCGUGGUGGAAGUUAUGGAGGAAAUAUCCAGGCUAAGUGUCAGUAACGACGGACCAAGCGAGUUGGGCUCUGUUACAAAGUUAAGGGCAAAAGUCGCAACUGGUACGGCACUUAUUUGGGAUUUUGACUUUGGUGAUGGGUCGAAACUGGGAAACUUGACAAAUGGUACAGUUGAUCACGUAUAUGAUUUUCCUGGAAACUAUACAGUGGGGGUAACUGUCUCUAAUUCUGUCAGCCAUGCUCAGCAUUUUAUCAGCGUGGCUGUAUAUGAAUUGGCUGUAGUUGGAAUGCUGCCUGCCGAGUGUAUCAUUAGUGGUAGGAACACAGAGUUUACUGCUUUGGUCAGUGGAAAUGUAUCCAUGCUGGCUUUCCAUUGGCUAUUUGAUGAAGAAUUGCCUGUAGUUGUUGUGGAAGGGCGAUCCACAGCCACACACAAUUUUUCUAGCCCAGGAGCUUACAGUGUUAGCUUAACGGUGCAUAGCUCUAAUAGCACUGUGUCAUACAAUAGCGCUGUCUGUGUGGAAACACCAGUAUCUCGCAUGUCACUGCAGUCAUCUCGUCAUAUAGCAGCUGUUGGAGAUAACGUAUGCUUUAGUGUGUUGUUUUCUGUAGAAGAGUGUAAGGGUUGUCAGUUUGAGUGGUUCAGCAGCUCUUCCAGUCAAGCCGCGGUGACAGAAACUGCCCUGAAGUGUUUUACCUUCCGAGACGAAGGAGUUCAAGAGGUAUAUGUCACUGUGAGUAAUAAAGUGAGCAGCAAAACGGCCAAUACGAGCAUCAUCGUUCAGACACCUGUCAGUAAUUUCUCUGUGGUGCGAGGUAGUGAGACGGUGACAGUCAAUACAUCAGCCUCAUUUUGGGUGGCCAGUUGUUCUGGCAGCAAUGUGUCAGUGCAAUGGGAUUUUGGUGAUGGUUUUCAAGCAGAACAGAAGCAACAUGUUUUACAUGUGUUUACGGCAACGGGUGAUUACACUGUGAAUGCCACUGCCUUUAAUGCAAUAAGCCAGGAAUCUGUGACACUAAAAGUGACUGUGUUGCAUCCUGUUUCAGACUUUAGCCUUCAAACCAACCAGCCUUACGGUGUGGUUGGGGAAGAGAUCCAUAUUAGAGCAGUUAACAGUGAUAAUAGCAGCACUACCUACUCUUGGACUGUGGAUGGCUUAGCGACACCCCAGCAAGGAACCUCUCAAUUUAAAUUUGUUUUCCCCAAAGCUGCAGUAUAUCAAGUACGAGCAAUAUCACAAAAUAUGGUAAGCAGACAGCAGGCAACCAUUUCAGUUGAAGUCUUUGAGAGAAUAGAAGGCCUUAGCUUUGAUUGUCCAAAAUUAACAAACAUGACAUACUUACCAACUCAAGAGGAAGUGAUGUUUGUUGCUACAGUCACAAGAGGCUCCGAUGUUAAAUAUCGGUGGCUUGCUGCACAAAGUGAAAGGAAGCUUCAAAUGGCAGCAGGAGAACAUUUUAACUUGGUCGUUGAAAGUCCUGGAACGCUAUCAAUUCAGUUAAAUGCCUCUAACAAUUUGGGCAAGACCACCAGCAUGGCUUCUGUUGUGGCUGUAGAACGUGUAAGAAGUGCACACAUAACCACACAGUCACAUAUCAUGGCAGUGGGGAAGUUGAUUAAUAUUUCGGUAUCUGUCCUUACUGGUUCGGACCUCAAGUAUUUUUGGUUUGUAGACCCCAAUCUUCCAUCCAUUGAGACACACACUUCCUAUCUUCUUCACAGGUUUUCAAGCCCAGGAGAUUGUUUUGUCCAAGUUGUAGUUCAGAAUGCCCUCAGUCAGAGUAAGGACACCAAGAUUUUUAUUGUACAAGAGGAGGUAGAAGAGGUGGACUUUAGAAUAGAUGACAAGAUGUUUCCGUUUUAUAUAAGCACAGAUGCUUUUGUGUCAUUUCAGGGUGUUGCCCACAAAGGUAGUGAUCUGCAAUGGUUUUGGAAAAUAAGGGAUGUCAUGACUGACAUUUUUGACAGGACCAACAUAACUUUUAUCUACAUUUUCCCCUGUGAAGGUAUUUACAAGGUGUCUUUAAAUGUCUCCAAUGCAGUAAAUUGGCAAGAAGUUUCACACAAUGUGUUUGUCCAGGAUAAAAUUGAAGGUCUCAUUUUGAACAUUAGCAAACACACUCUCUGCACAGGUGAAGCUGAUACCUUUAGGUCAAACAUCAGCAAAGGAAGUAAUGUAAGCUAUGGUUUAACAUUUGAAAGUAAAAACUGGAAGCAUAGUCAGGAUUUGGUUGAGGGAAUGUUUAUGACAUCAAGCCUUCCAACAGGGACACAUUUUGUUAAACUUAAAGCUUGGAAUCAGGUCAGUCGUGCACAGGUGUCAAACCAAGUUCAGAUCAUUGAGAAUAUUCAAACUUUGCAACUUUUACGUCCUUCCCAGCAUGCCAUAGAGGCUCUGAAAGAGAGACGUUUUGUGGUGGAUGAGCAAAGUGGGUUUCCAGUCAAUUAUACUUGGAUAUUUAACAUAGAUGGUACUAAAAUGGUGCUCACUGGAAAAGAAGCUGACUUUACUCCACCAUUAGGUGGUUUGUUAUCAGUCACUGUGGUCGCAAGCAAUGGCGUCUGCUCCAAGAUGCUAAACAAGACUCUGACAGUUGAAUGGCCUGUUGAGGAGGUUCAGGUUGUUUGUCACUCUGAUCGGAUAUUUACUGGGCAUGUUGUGACAUUUUCGGCGAAAGUUAAUGGAGGGACCAACCUUCGGUACUUGUGGGGAUUUGGGGAGACUGUUGAAGAUUUGCAUUUUGGUACAGUCAAUCAUACGUUUGGCAAGGCUGGGGUAUACAUUGUUACGGUCAACAUCUCCAACAGUGUGAGCCACGUGUCCAAACAACUACCCAUAAAGGUGGAGGUGUUGAAGUGUUCUAGUCCUCGAGUAUCUCUCAUCCAGAGCCAGACAACGAUCUUCAAAUCUAGAAUGGCUUUAUUCGAAGCCAAUGUGGACAUGAACUGCUCUGACUACAAAGCUUCAUACCAAUGGGCGAUGUUCAGACUAUCAGACAGUCCAAAUGGAAAUAUCACCAGAAACCUUCUCAAUAGAACAACUUCACCUUUGCUCUUGCUUCCAAAGCAUUCUCUCAAUGUUGGGGAGUAUUGCCUUCUAUUCACAGUUUCACUUCAAGGAACUCCUCUUCUCGUGCAACAAAGCACCACAGUCACAGUACUUCACUCCCCGUUGGUGGCUGUCAUCAAGGGAGGUUCACAUCGACUCUGGCCGAGCCUCAGUGAUCUUUUCCUGGAUGGAAGUGGGUCUCACGAUCCUGAUGCUGAUCCAGGAAGAGAGGAUACGCUCCAAUACCGCUGGACUUACUACAUAGAGAAUUCCACAAAACCUAUUAAGAGUAACAUUAGUAUUGUGACUGUACCCAGCAAACAGUUACACCCAGGCACCAGCUUUUCGUUCACCUUAAUUGUACAUAAGGCAGGAAGAACUCCAGCAUCCUUCACACAGACAGUAAAAGUGAGUGAAAUAGCACUGCUUCCUGUGUUUGUGGAGUGUGUUUCCUGUUCUAUUCACACCCCCAUCCGACUAUCUGGACAUUGUGCAGGAUGUGAGGACCAAGUUCAGUAUGAAUGGAGCGCUGAGGACGAGACGGGCUCGAUCCUUGACCUCGACAAGGUUACCACAUUCACAGGAAGACACUCCUCUAAACUGGUACUCCGUUCAGACGUCGUACUACCAGGGAAAAUGUAUACCUACACUGUCAACGUGACUGAGCCUGGCAGUGGGAGGUGGGGCAGCGCCAGUCUGAAAAUGGUAGCCGACAAGCCUCCUUAUGGAGGUCUGUGUGUGUUGAACCCAGUGACAGGCAUCCAUCUGCUGGAAACGGUGGUCACCUUCAACUGCUCAGGGUGGCAAGAUGGCGAAAGCCCAGCCUCUGAGUUCAUCUAUACCUUCCAGGUGGCCCCAUCCCAUCCAUCUACCGGCCCACCUGUCACGUUGUACAAGGGUACUCGCUCCAGUUUUGGCAGCAUGGUUCCAGUGGGGAGUCCUGUGCACGGACAAAACAAGUCACUCAUCACAGUUACUUUGCUCAUAGAAGGCAACCUCGGAGUAAAAGUCAUUGCUCUAAAAAGAACUUUGACUGUUCACAGUCGUGUGACUGCCAGCGAUUGGCUUAGAACCAAGAGUCAGACCGAGUUGUGGGCUUUAGUCCAACAUGGAAACCCGCAGGAGAUCAUCCCAUAUGCCAUUGUUCUCACCAGUCAACUCAAUCAGAUGAAGCCUGGACAAAGUACCAGAGAGCUCACGAUGCAGGCGGAGAUUAGAGAGAAUGUCACCAAAGCUUUGGUGUCUCUUCCCAUUUCUUCCCUGAUGGACGUCGAUCAGAUCAGCUCAGCUUUAGCCCAGUCUACUGCUGUGCCUGCUGAGUUAGUGUGUGACGACUGUCAGGAGAAAGUUUUUGAAGCAGUCGAAAAGAUGAUCCGAGUGAUGAAGGAACACACGAGUCCUGGUGUUUUGUCAGUGUUUGACACCGGCAGAAACAUCCUUAACAUCAUAGGUAGCUCCCUGUCUGCUUUGUCUCUAUCAGUCAAUGGCCCAAACUCCCAGCAGAACUACUCAAGAACUUUAGGAGCAGCUUCAUCAAUCACCUUGUCCGCUCUGGACACUGCAGGGGCUUUGAUGCGCUCCCUGAUGCACGCUGCUGGUGGGGUUCCCCUUUCCUUCUUUACACCUUAUAUCAGUACAGUCGGCUUCCACGGAGACCCCUCCGACCUUCUCUGCUCUAAGCAGUCCGAUCCCAUGAUCUCCAGGUCAUCCUCAACUCCCCCGUGUCCGUUUCAAAUCCCAACCACGCUCACUGCUCACCUGAAAAGUCAGCGCUCAGAGCUGGUGCAGGUGGUUUUGGGUCUGGAUGAGUCUCACGCUUUGCUGUCUGCAGCCGACCCUCCGAUCUCCACUUCUCUGGUUGCCAUGGAGAUCACCACACCGCAGGGGGAGCCCGUACCCAUUCAGGAUCUGGAGCCCGAACAAGCCAUACAAGUCACCCUGCACAACAAGCAUCCUGUGAAACAAGGCGACAGGGAGAACAAAUUGAGAAAUGGCGGCGGACACACGGAUGGUACAUGUACGACUGUUGCGUUGCCCCCGGACGGACCUCUGAACUUCACAAUAAAACCUGUGGAGGGCAUGGACGAAAACGCAGGCUUAUAUAUCUCCUGCAACUUCAGCCUGGAACAAGGUCUCACUUCAGUGACGUCGGGACGUGUGAAAAUAGAAAUAACAAGUGGAUUCCAGGAUUCUCUCACAAAAGAGUGGCCAAUCACACUUUCUGCUCUGAACACCUUCACGGAGAAAACCCUAUUCUUAUCUCCACUUUUAAAGCGGAGGGAGAAGCCACUCGCUGUCGAGCUGACCUCAUCUGUAGCGGAGGGCAGGCCUGUCCGUGUGUCUUUAUGCGUGUUCAGCUCUCUGUGCCAGUACUACAGUGUCAAGGAGAGAAGUUGGAGUAGUGAGGGUCUCAAACCACUGGAGGGGAGCACGCUCCGAACAGUGCACUGUCUGACGCGCCACCUCACCAUGUUUGGGGCCACUUUGUUUGUUCAUCCUGGGGCCGUCGUACUAUUGCCACCAUCUGGUGGCCCCGUGCUUAAUGUUGUGGUAGGGAUCGUAUGUGCUGUUCUGGUCCUGAUUCAUCUGCUGGUGGGACUCAUUGCCCACAAACUGGACCACCUGGACAGCCUGAGACAAAGCCACGUGCCCCUGUGUGGUCGUUCUGGACUGUACCACUACCGAGUGCAGGUCAAGACAGGCCGGAGGCAAGGAGCAGGCACAACAGCACACGUUGGCAUCAGUUUGUACGGCCUCAACAAGAGCGGGUCUCGCCAUCUGCAAAGGGAUGGAGCUUUUCAACGUGGCAGCCUGGACCAGUUUCACUUAGAGACGGAUGACAACUUAGGGGAAGUUUGGAAAAUUCGGAUCUGGCACGACAACACAGGGUUGGACCCAUCAUGGUAUGUUCAGCAUGUGGUGGUCUGGGAUCCUGUGACCGACCACAUGUUCUUCUUCCUGGUGGAGGACUGGCUCUCGGUGGAGAACCAGAAGAAUGGUACAGUGGAGAAAGAAAUUCUGGCAUCAUGUCCUGAGGAGCUGACUGAAUUUAGACGAAUCCUUUCCUCCCAGCUUCUUUUUGGGAUGGUAGAGCGCCACAUCUGGUUGUCGCUAUGGGAACGCCCUGUCCACAGUCGUUUUACCAGGUCUCAAAGAGUCACCUGCAGCGCCCUCAUACUGCACUUAUACCUGGCAUUAGGGGCGAUGUGGUAUGGAGCUGUUGGCUCCCGAGGGCACAGUGGAGCGGUGUCGGCCAAUCUGCUGGUUAACAUGGAGACAGUCGCUGUUGGGAUGGUCGUCGCCGUUCUUCUGUUUCCUCUCCAGUGUUUGAUCUCUUUUCUGUUUAGAAAAACCCAUAAUAAGGUUAUCGUGGACAUGUCAGUUCCUCCAUCACCGGUUUGUCAUUCUGUGGAGAUGGACGUCUACCUCGGUCAAUCAGCGCUAUCAGGCCCGUCUUUCCUAUCUCUGUCUGAAUCCUCCAGCCAAGUCAGAGACAGUCCCUCAUCCUUAAUGGAGAGCAACGCCUUUGACUCCAGCAUCCUGGACUUCUGGGCUGUCUCUGGUUUGGUGCCUCAGACGGACGCUGCAGUUCACGGAGAGAACCAUGCUUCCUGGACGUCAUGUGACAGCCUGCUUAAAGAGUCUGACGCCCCCGACCUCUGUGAAGCCUCGCUUGAUGUGUUUCCAACUCGCCAGCUAAGGAGGAAAAAGGCUCACUUGCAGCUUCACCUGACCUCGUCUGACCCCCCUGCUACCAAACACACUCAUUCAUCCCUGCCUGCACAGGACCAGCAUAUUAUUUCUGUGAAUGCUCACAACCGCAAUAUUAAGACAUUUUUUACUCUGUCCGAGGAGAACCUGCUGAUGUCAAUAGAAGAAGCAAAAGAAGACACUUCAUGUUUGUCCAAAAACAACUCAGACAGCGGCAGGGACUCCCCUACAACCGCGUCUUCAAUCUCAAACACUCAGAGCACCUCAUGCAGCAGCUGGUCAGACCACACUGAGGAUAAAAGCCUUCACGAGGCAGAGUUCCUCAAGUUCGGUCCACAUGCUUGUCCCUCCCCGUUUGAGAACAAACUCUACAAAUGUCCGUCUGUACAGUCUGUUUACUCGGUGGCCAGUACCUUCCUGCCGAGUCCGUCUCCAGACUCGACAAGAUCCUCCUCCACCACACGCAUCGGCAUUGCUCGAACUCGACCCAGCCAGCUCUUACCUCCCUGGGUGCUGUGCGUGAUCUACCCCGUUGUGGCCGUGCUGAUCGGAUCCUGCCUAGCUCUUGUCGGAACCUACGGCAGCCUCUUCUCCAGAACCGUCGUCCUCAUGUGGCUGAUAUCGGCAUUGUCUGCCUUCCUCACCUCUGCUGUCCUGCUGGAACCUCUCAAAGUGUGCACGCAGGCCUUGAUCUACACCAUAGUUUGGCGGCCUGUGGAUCCAGAGGUUGAGGACCAGCUGGCCCAGGAGACCACAGUGGUGAAGGCAUCCGGAGAACACAGUGGGAAGGUUCAACCACCAUGUGGCUACGGCCUGCUCCAAGCUAAGGAGGAGGCUCGUAAAGUCCGUGCCCUGAGGUCACUCAUGAGGCACUGUGUGUACCAGCUGCUGUUUUUUUUGCUGGUGCUCAUGAUGAACUAUCAGGAUAACAUGGAACAAAGACAGGGGAGGUUGUUGCACUCCGCUGUGAGACGCCAAUUUCUCACUGCUCCCUUGGGGGUGCCCAAUCUCACAUCCGUCGCAAGCUGGUUAGAUGCAGAGCAGUGGAUGAACACCACCUUGGUGAACCACGUGCACCACAACCCUUUGCUGCGCCUCGUUGGUUCGCCUCGGCUCCAGUACGCGUACACACCGGGAUGGGCAGAGGUUAUCAUUUUGGGAAACAGCAGUGUGGUGACACAACGGGUUCUGGCUGACCUUCACAUGCGAGGCUUUUACACUAAAAAGUUCAAAACUAUCUCUUUGGAUUUCACACAAUACCACAGAGAGUCUGGUUUAUUUCUCUGUGUGUCCGUUCAACUCGAUCGGACACAAAGAGUCACUUCCUCCCUUUCCAUUCAUCCACUCCUCGUCCCGUCAUCCCAUAAAGGCUUGGACCUUCAUCUGGUUCUGACGGUUCUCCUUCUCAGUUCUGCUCUCCUCAUCUUGUUUGGGGAAGUGUGGUCCAUGGCUACUGAGCGUGCUCAGUAUCUGUGCGAAGGCAAACACUGGCUACAGCUGCUUCUGGCGACAUUGUCACUGGCGACGAGUGUUCUCCAACUCUGCUUUCUGUCUCAGGUCACGUCUUGUGUUUCCCAGCUGCGGUCCCAACCAGACAGCUUCAUUAACUUCCAUGGCCCUGCUCUGCUGACUCGGAGGUCUUCCCAAUGUGCGGCUAUCUUGCUCACUCUUCUGGUUUUAAAGCUGUUGGGAACCUUGAGAUUUGUUCAGCGGUGGGUCAUGAUCAUCAGAGUCCUGCAGAGAGCUUGGAAGGAGUUGUGGGUCUUAAAAAUCCUCUUGCUGCUAUUGAUGCUGUUCUGUACACACCUCAGCAGUACGCUCUUCUCACGCUCAGUGGAUGGGUUUCUGUCCAUGCAUCAGGCUUUGGUGUCAUUGCUGUCCAUUAUGCGUGGCCGGAUCAGCCUCCAAAGAUUAUGUAUAGUCCACCCAGUCCUCGGGCCCCUCUAUGGCCUAUUGGUAAUGGGGGCUGGUGUUUGGCUUUUGGCCAAACUCUUUGGGGCUGUACUCAUCUGUGCAUACAGGGCUGAAAAAGCAGACAUUUAUCGUCCAUCAACAGAACCUCAAGAUUAUGAGAUGGUUGAGUUCUUUAUCAAGAGACUGAAGCUUUGGAUUGGGCUUACAAAGGCGAAAGAAUUCAGGCACAGGGUGAAGUUUGAAGGCAUGGACGUUCCUCCUUCCAGGGCUUCCCAAGAAUCCCGUCUCUCCUCUCUGUUUUCCUCCCCUCCGUCUUCUCACUUGCUGCGCUCGUCUCAUUCCUUUUCUUCUCCUCGUCCGCUGUCAUCAUCGCUUUCUACCAUGUCUGAAGACUCAUCAAUUUCUGAGCAAGGCUUUGACGUCCAGCCCUUCCUGGACCACCUGCUGCCAUGCGUCAACGCCCUGCUGUCUCAGUUUGACCGCGUCACCCAGAUAACUGAGGAUGUUAACAACCUGGAGACUGAACUUGAGGAGGCUCUGACCAAGAGAAAGGAACAUAAGAUCAACAAGGAGAGAAUUAAUGACCAAUUCCAAAAAUCAGCAAAUCCAAAGGACCAGGAGGGUGACAGAAGGACGAAGGAAGUGAGACGCAGGAGGACAGGUCUGCUUUACCCUAAUCCACAAAAAUCCCUUUCAACCAUAUUGCCUUUCGCGCCUUCCACAAUCCACUCCUCUCACGUGUUCCCCCGCACACGCAGCUCACACUCCGAGUGUGAAUCAAUGCGUUUCCAGUAUCACGUGUGCUGCGAGACAUCAGAAGCAAGUAAGCCUCCCGCUGAAAGCUCUGGUGUGGUCAGGUCCCCUAAAAGGAGAGCAUGGCAUUCCGGGAGCUCUCACUCGGCAGAUGCUGCUCAAAGGUUGUGGCAAAAACAAGGUGGAGUCGCCUUCGCCUUCAUCAGACCAAAGAGUGAAGAGGGCGUACUGAGACGUAUCAGUGACGGGGCCCCAAAAAAGAGGAAGGCUUGGAUCGCUGAAGAACCAGAGGUGAAGUAAGCAUUUGUGAUCUUUGUUAACUUCGCAUGGCUUCAAGAGGACUUCCGACAAGUUUUAGAAAGGGUCUUUAUCCAAAUCCAGAGGACACAUUGGAAUUAUUAAUGUCUAUUUUCUUGUAUGUUUGUUUGGAUCUUCUUCAAAUUUUGUGUGUUCCUAUACAAUAAGAGUCAUUGACAUUCAGAAAACAGUUAAAAAUGUUACAGAGUUUGAGCAGACCUCAUUUUUGGAAUGUGAUCCAAAAAACAACUGGAAGAUGCUGGGUAGGAUACAUUGCAUUAAUUAAUUUUAGUUUUGCAUGCAGUCCUAAUUGCGUUUAGCAAAAUGGUAAUGGGAAUGGGUUAUCCAUCCAUCCAUCCAUCCAUUUUCUACCGCUUAUUCCCUUCGGGGUUGUGGGGGACACUGGAACCUAUCUCAGCUACAAUCGGGUGGAAGGUGGGGUACACCCUGGACAAGUCGCCACCUCGUCACAGGGCCAACACAGAUAGACAGACAACAUCCACAUUCACAUUUGCACACUAGGGACCAUUCAGUGUUGCCAAACAACCUAUCCCCAGGUGCAUGUUUUUGGAGGUGGGAGGACCCGGAGGGAACCCUGGGUUAGUUCAUCUAAAACAUGCUGAAUUAAGUUACAUUAAGAAAUGUCUUAUGUUUACAUUUGCACAAUUCAACAUGUCCGAAAAGAAAUAGGAAGAAGCAGAGCUUAGCCUUGUCUGAUAUAGUUUUGAAAACAACCUGAUAGUUUGUUUACUGCCUGUGUUCUUGUGCGUAACAUGUUCACAUAUUACCGUGUUCUAAUAAGGAAAGGAAACAGGAACGUUUGAUAGUAAAAUUAAUCGUCGGCAUUGAAAUUAAUAUGUACAGCAGUAAAAACUGUUUGCUUGUUAGCAAUGGUUAUUAAAGUUCAACACUUACUUUUCCAUAUACCCAUGCAUACAGUUUAACGCUGACAAAACACAGGCACUUUUCAGCAGAAUAAAGACAUGAGAUCACAUGGUCUCGAAUGA